GCUAUCUCGGCCAAUCACGGCAAGACGCUCACCAAGGUAGUUCAAUUCAAAUUUAAACGGUCGAGGACGGAGAUCCCGCGGACACGGAAAUUGUUUAUAAGCCCACAACAGAGCAUGUCCCGCCUGCCAGUAAUGUCAAGUAAGAGGGUACUCGCGGAGAAUGCCCAGGACUUGGCACCUGCACAGAAGAGACUCCGUAAGGAUGCAGAUCCGGUUAAACCAGCGGCUACGGUCAUUGGUACCAAGCGACCUGCUCUCGCAGCAACCCGAGCACCUAUCUCUAGGCCUCUUAGAGCUGUAGGAGCUGCCACUGUAGCUGCGGCUCCGUCUAGAGGUGUCAUUAAGCAGUCUGUAGCUUCAACUACAUCAAAGGGAGGCAACAUGAAACAACCCGUUGCAUCCACCGGCACAAAAACAGGUGGAACACAAAAGCUAAAACCUUGCGAUCUGAAGGGCAAGGUCAGCGACAUGGUCCGUAACUACCAAAUAAAAGUUAAGACUCUGAAUCAGCAAAAUGAGGUUCUCCAAGACUCUGUGUCCCAGAGCCAAAGAAAAAUUGUGCAAGUGGAGAAGGAGCUUCAGAUACAGAGGAGCCAGAUCGGGAAGCUGCAGGUGUUGGCAGGAGUCCAGGAUGAGCUGGAGAAAGUCUUGAGUGACAAGAACUUUCUUCAGAAGGAGCUCACCAACGUGGAGGGGAAAUACAGAGUGAUGGAGACUCUCCGAGACAGCCAAGAGACGGAGCUGCAGACUCUGAAGAUGAAGCUCUCUGUGCAGGAGUCGACUCUGGCCCGUGUGCAGGUAAACCUCAGAGACUUCGAGGAGGAGGUUCGGUCUCUGAAAGAAACUGUGGCCCAGCAGAAGGAUGAACUUUACGCUGGAGAGAUGGAGCGCAGACGGCUCCACAACACCAUACAAGAGCUCAAGGGUAAUAUCAGAGUGUUCUGCAGAGUGCGUCCUCUGGUAGGUGGAGGCCUUCCCAAACAUGUACAACUCGCCACAAGCGACAAUAAAGCGAUAACGCUGGCUAAAACCGAGGAGUCUCACACGGGCAAAACUGCUGACACUCAGAAGAAUUACAACUUCAGCUUCGACCGUGUGUUUGGUCCUCGGGCCUCCCAGCAGGAGGUCUUUGAGGAGAUCUCACUGCUGGUGCAGUCAGCACUGGACGGCUACAAUGUCUGCUGCUUUGCCUACGGUCAGACCGGCAGCGGGAAGACGUACACCAUGGAGGGGGACGAGGUUGACGAGACCAGAGGUGUCAUUCCCAGAGCUGUGCAACAGAUCUUUAAAGCUGCAGGAAAACUGGGAGAACAAGGCUGGGAGUUCACGUUCACAGCAAGCUUUGUUGAAAUUUACAAUGAGACCCUGAGGGACCUUCUGUACACCGGCAAGUCCAGCAAGAGACCGGAGCAUGAGAUCCGCAAGACAACCAGCAACGAAGUGACAAUCACUAAUCUCACUUAUGAGCGGGUCUCCAAUGAGGAUCAGGUUCUCGGUCUCAUUGCUUUGGCCAAUCAGAAUCGCUCCACUGCCCAGACAGCCCAGAAUGACCGCUCGUCUCGCUCCCACUCAGUCUUCCAGCUGGAUAUUGAGGGAGUUAAUGCCGGCAGGGAUGUCAAGUGCAAAUCCACUCUGUGCCUGGUGGACUUGGCUGGCAGUGAGCGAAUGGUGAAGAGCCAGUCUCAGGGUGACCGUUUCAAAGAGAUGACCGCCAUCAACGGCUCGCUGUCCAACCUGGGCAUCGUUAUCGCCGCUCUGGCCAACAAGGAGAGUUACGUUCCCUACAGGAACUCGAAGCUCACCUACCUCCUGCAGGGAUGUUUGGGGGGGAACAGCAAAACCUUGAUGUUUGUUAACAUCGCCCCGGAGCCCGACAGCUUUGGGGAAACUCUAAACUCAUUGAGGUUUGCCAGCAAGGUGAACGACUGCGUCAUCGGGACAGCGACUGCAAACAAAAAGUAGAAAUUAUUUUUUUAAAAAUCCUGAGUUUUCUACUUUUUAGGUUCAUCUCAGGUUCAAAAUGUCAUUUCUUCUAAUUAGUACUUCAAACAACUUGUCUGAAUCUAAUAUGCUUCAAACCUUCCAUAUAUCUGUACUUGUGUGUAGUAAUGCUAGCUUCACCACAAAAGGAGUUGCUGUGCAUUUCAAUAAAAAGGAAAAAAAAAAAUUUUUUCACUCCAGAUUUAACACAUUUAAGAGUUUUAAGUGGGCUGUUUUUUUUUUCUUUUUCUUUUUUUCUCCUCUUUCAGCUGUUUUAGCAUGAAGUGAGCGGUAAACUCAGACAUUAGUCAGUUUCUAAUGUAACUCUUGUGUUUACCUGCUGUUGGAAGUGAAUGACAGUAACAUUGAGUGUUUUCACCAAUGUUAGAUUAUGUUUGUAUAUACUGUAUAAUGGCUAUUUUACAAGUCUACAUCACUUACUGAUUUUUAGUUUUCUUUUACCCAUUUCCUUGGAUGCCAUAUCAUUAGUAUGUAUUAAUUAAAUGUUUAUUUAACAUGUAUGCUAUGACAUCUACUUUACAAAUAAAACCAAAUUUAAAGGCUGUUGCA